AUAUGUUCGUUGAUCAAGCCAAUUUCGAGAUUUACUAUACUGAUUGUCCACCAUCACUCAUGCAUUCAAGGUGUUACAUUCUUUGUGCGAUCUCUACCCAGCUUGCCACCGUACUGCUGGCCACCCGUCUAAUGUGGUAUCUCGUGCAGAGUCUUAUUCAUAACCUUCUUUACGUCCUUCCUUGGGCAAUUGUCUGCCAAGUUGCUCACCUUGAUCCUCAAAAUACUUGGACUUAUCAUAGCCUCGUUUUUGGAGAAAGCCUGGUGUUUACGUUCUCAGAGAUUUGUUUGAACAUUCUCCUGUGGUUUUGGAAAUCUCGGUAAAGCUUGUUGGUGCUAUACCAUUACAUGUACGAAGAACUUAGGAUCACGUUACUAGUUUUUGUAUGAUGGCGUAAAGGUGUAUCAGUGUAGGUAAUCGUACAAAUUGAUAUGCUACAAGUGAUUGUCUACGCCAAUGAUAUUG